AUGCCGGCACUGCGGUGCCGGCGGGUUUGGUACCCGGGUUUGGGCCGUGACUUCUCCUUUGACGACUGCGGCCGGGCCUUCCCCUGCCCGCCCGUGGCGGAGCCCGGCGCCCCGGCCGAAGCUCUGGUCUGCAACCUGGACAGCCUGCUGGGGACCAUGACGCACCGGCUCUGUGUGGGCUCCCCGCCUGGCGUGUGGGUCUGCAGCACCGACAUGCUCCUCACCGUGCCCUCGGCACCAGAGAUUGACUGGGACGGCUUCCAGGGCGUCAGAGUGAUCGCAGUGCCCGGGAGCCAGGCAUAUGCCAGGAACCACGGGGUCUACCUCGCCGACGAGCAGGGGCUGGUGCGCGACAUCAUCUACAAAGGCACGGAGGCCCAGAUCCGGCAGUGUGCGGGGCCCGACGGCACCGUCCCACUGGUCUGCGGGGUGGUUUUCUUCUCCUCGGAUGCCGCUGAGCAGCUUCUGGCCACCCAUGUCGUCCCUCCUCUGGAUGCCUGCACCUACAUGGGGCUGGACUCGGGUGCACCACCCAUCCAGCUCUCCCUUUUCUUCGACAUCGUGCUGUGCAUGGCAGGGGGGAUGACGGAGGAGGAUUUCGUGAAGGGUGGCGGUGACGCCAUCGUGAGGAGCGCCCGCUCCGUGCUGUGGACAGCUCUCCGCGUCUUCCCUCUUAGCAUGGCGUGCAUCCCCGACGCAUCCUACGACUACAUGACCACCUCUGCGAGCGACCAUAUCUGCAGCCUGACGCUCCUGCCUGGCUCUGCCAGCCACUUCCACUUCUGCAAAACAGCCCAUUCCCAUGUGGACCAGCCCUGGCUCCUGGAGGAUGGCUCUUCUCUCACCAACUGCCUUCUGGAAGGAGCCGUGCGGCUGGCGGCCGGCAGUGUCAUCCAGCACUGUCACCUCCAGAGCCCUGCCGACGAGGCCACCUACCUGAACGUUCCCUGGGCUGAGUUUUUACGUCGGACAGGCAUACGGUAA